AAACUCAAAAGAAAGCAGAGUCAGAAACUCAAAAGAAAGCAGAGUCAGAAGGAAGUGAAGUUAGCAGCGGUAUCGAAGCGAACUAGCGCAGUGGGCGAUAGUGCCGUAACUCGACAGACCACCGCUCUAUCGAAAAGUGAAGCGUUUUUUUAUUUGAAUAGUCGCAGACGUUUUAUUGCUCCUAUUGCUCGAAGUGAGACUAAACAGCAGCAGCAGCAACAGCAACGCGAAUCGAUACUCUCAACAAAAACACAGAAUGUUGAAGAUGGAAUCACUGGCACGCAUUCACCGGCUGGGUUGGAGCCAGCAGUAAAAAAGAUGAAUGUGUACCGUAAAAAGGGCGACAACGUCGAUGGUUUAAAAGAACAGAACGCCACGGUUUCUACUGUGACGUCGUUGGCCGCCGAAAGCGAAGUCCAUGUCUCUACAUUUAUCCGUGAAUUGAUGGGACUGCCGAUCGUUCAAACUUUAAACGAUUUCGAACUUAAUUUUGGGAAACAAAAGCAAAGUGAAUUACCUUUAACAUCAAUUUCUGACAGCAGAGAGAUCGAUGAAAAGUCAGUGAAAAAGUUAUCGUUGGAGGAAUACAAAAAAAGGAAGGGCACGACAAUUUCUGCGAAAGGUGGUAGCUGUAGCAGAACAAAUGCGUCGUCUUCAUUUAUUCCUGCAAAGAACGUAGACAGUACCGAUAUUAAUCAGGCCUCGGUUCAUCCGAGAGCCUUUUCGACUUUGUCCAUUGAUAAGUUAAGACGCCGUAGUUAUCAAGAAAGAGUACCUACUUCGAACACUGCUGCUUCAAAAUCAACAGAGCAGCCAAAUGUGACGCAAACAUCAUCGAGACAAACUUCAACUAAUGAAUUGCACCUGACCACGUCAGCAUCUUCGCCGCCUGCUUUACCAGUUGAAGUUAUUAAUUGCGAAUCUCGUUUGCCAUUGGAAGAUCCGUUGCGCCUUACACUUGGAUCUGAAGAGAGAAGCUCCGGCGGAGAUACUACUGUGGCAGUAUCGCCAGCAGCUCAGUCAGUGCCGUCGACCACUACUGACCAAUCAGCAAAUUUGCAGGGAAAUUCAGUGUCGUCAGGACAGGUGGACCUUCAGCCUGCAGAAAACAAAUCACCGACAGCAUCGCGCAAUUAG